CAGAAUUUUCGCGUGCAGAGAACUUUUCCCCAAAAGACGAUUCGCAUUUUAACACCUCCGUCUCCAUUUCCUCGCUGUAACGGUUCGAGGAGGAGCAGGAGAAGGAGAAGAACCAGCACCCCACCAAAAAAAAAAAAAAAAAUCAACGCCGUCCUCUCCUUCUUCUCCUUCCACCCCAGUACCCAAAUCAAGAACAGCUCUAACUUCACAAAUUGGGUCCCAAAUCAUCAAUGGCCGAGAAAAAUGAGAACCCAAAUCAUCUCCACAAGACUUCAAUUCCACCGUACAUGAAAGCAAUCUCGGGCUCAAUCGGAGGGGUAGUGGAAGCCUGUUGUCUACAGCCGAUCGACGUCAUAAAAACCCGGUUACAGCUCGACCGGUCCGGUUCCUACAAGGGAAUUAUCCACUGCGGCACCACCGUGGUGCGCACCGAAGGGGUGCGGGCUCUUUGGAAGGGUCUGACACCGUUUGCGACGCACUUGACUCUGAAAUAUACGCUUCGAAUGGGAUCGAAUGCGGUGUUUCAGGGAAUGUUCAAGGACUCGCAGACAGGGAAGAUCAGUAACUAUGGGAGGGUUCUUUCCGGUUUCGGAGCGGGUGUUCUUGAAGCUCUUGUUAUUGUCACGCCUUUUGAGGUGGUAAAAAUCAGGCUGCAGCAACAAAAAGGACUGAGUCCCGAGCUUUUAAAAUACAAGGGACCUGUUCACUGUGCUCGUUUGAUCAUCCGUGAAGAAGGCCUCCUUGGGCUCUGGGCAGGGGCUGCCCCAACCGUCAUGCGCAAUGGGACAAACCAGGCUGCCAUGUUUACAGCGAAGAAUGCUUUUGACAGGAUCCUGUGGAAGAAACAAGAGGGUGACAGGAAAGUCCUCCAACCAUGGCAGUCUAUGAUAUCUGGAUUUCUUGCUGGAACAGUUGGUCCGGUGUGCACUGGCCCCUUUGAUGUUGUAAAAACAAGGCUGAUGGCUCAGAGCCGAUCUGCGGGCGAGUUGAAGUACAAAGGCAUGGUCCAUGCUAUCACAACAAUAUAUGCAGAGGAAGGGUUGCUUGCCUUGUGGAAGGGACUGCUGCCCCGGCUAAUGAGGAUCCCACCUGGCCAGGCCAUCAUGUGGGCUGUGGCUGACCAAGUGACUGGGUUCUAUGAGAAGAGAUAUAUACAUAAUGCACCCUUAUAGGUUUUUGCUUUCACAACCUGAAGACACUUGGAAGGUUUGCUUCUGUUUGCUACCAAAGCCACUCUAUGGUUAAAGCAGCUUCCACAUUCACAAGGCUACUAAGCUUGGGUGUCAGAAGGGAAAAAAACAAAAAACAAAAAACAUUUUGUUGACAGAGAAGCAGAGAAAAGUAACCUGCAGGGACUCGAGAAGUUGCAUGGAUGAUACAAAGGCACAAAUCCGUCCUUAUGAGGUAUAUGAUGCCUCGGGUUGGAAUUUUUGCAUGUUCUUACGCACCUUGCAUACUGCUAAUUUACGGUGAUUUUAUUGGAAGUCAAGUUAGCAGUUUUUUAGGAUUUUCUCGUCUUUUACAAAUGUAUGUAUCCUUUUUGCAUUGUUGUUAUAGAACAAAAACUACAUGUAUUGGAAAGCAUGUUAGCCUAUGAUGGAAGAAUUGAUUUUCAAGCACUUUAAUUUCCUCAUUUAAUGACAAAUAAAAUGGUUGUCAAUUUGUAGCAAUAAGAUGCUAUUAAAUAUUUGACGUUCUCUACCUCAAUUAUUACAAUCGUAAGUGAUCUUUAAUA